GGAUUUCGAGCAUGAGGUGCACUUAUAUACAUGCAGGAGCCACAGUUGUGCCUGGAGAGGGCGGGGCCGGUUGCUAAAGUUGCAGGUGGUGUGGAUCCGGAAGCAGGAAGCAGUCUGAGUUCCCAGGACCCUGAGACCUGUCUAGCUGGGGGAUAGGAGGCCACUGGAAGCACGUGAGAUUGAAGGUAGCCCUGCUAGAGAGAGAGGGUGGCUCCUGUGGAGAUGUCUGCUGAAGACUUGAGACAGGAGCUGGAGGCCACUGCAGAGGAAGUGCUGGGGAGGCUUAAGAGCCGCCAGCUGUUCCAGUCUGAAUGGGACACCGCUGCCUUUGUGAUCUUCCUCAUCUUCGCUGGCACUGUGGUUGUGUUGCUACUGAUGGUUAUAGCUCACUGCUGCUGUUGCUGCUCCUCCUCCCCUAAGCCCAGGAAGGUGAGCCCUGGGAAGGAAAAGCUCAAGGGUGUGGAUAACUUGGCCCUGGAACCUUAACCAUAGUCCUUGGCAUGGGUCCUGGCUGGUGAUAGUAACAAAGCUUGUUUGCCAAAGUC